AUGUACUCCUCCAAAAGAUGUGAGGAACUGCUUGCAAGGGCGGUGGACAAGGAGCCAAUCGAAAGCUCUCAGUUGCGGGAGACUGGUGUCUUGGCAGGGGUAGUUUGUUGGGUUAAUUUCUACUUCACUCUAUUGUUAUCUGCAAAAGAACAUCUAUUCAACACCACUCGCUUCUUCAUCAUCGCCAACGACAAGAUGGAGGCUGAAGAAGGCAGUGCGGCAACAGUCGAUGCGAUCUCACACGAUCAGACCGAACAAUCCACAAAAGAUGCUGAUACUACGGAACCUGCAGCACCAGUUGCCGAGAAUCCCCCAGCUCCUGUCAAGCGGAAUCGUGGCAGACACGCUAAAGACCCACUAGGGAAAUCCAUAUGCUUCAAAUGCCAGCGCGUCGAAGAGAUGGAAAUCAAGUUGCGUGAGUAUCUAGACAACCCCACUGGAGACGCCGCACAUACUACCCUGGAGUUUUCAUUCCCUGUCACUGCUGCCUUUAUGGUACCGAAAAGAGAGCCAAUUGGUACGCAGGCACAGAAUCCCCACAAGCGAACUCCAUACGUGUACAGCACUUUCAGCAAAACUGCUGUCAGCGUCAUCGAUGCCUUGCAUACGAUUAAAGAUGCUGAUGAGAGAGCACUGACGCAGAGAGCCAUUUCGAAAGCACUCGUGGAAUCCGUUGAGCGUACCGACGGUUACAAGUACAGCUUUCACAACCAUUGGCUCAGUCGUGAGGACCAAGCCAGCAGAUUUUCUUACUACUGCAAUGAUUCGAGUUUAAACAAAGGCAGAGCGGCCAACGAGGGAGCAGCAAAACUUCGAAAUGAUGUGAAGAUCAGAAAAUCCGUCUUUGAAUGUCAGGGGCUUCUAUCCGUCAAAUUCUCCAUCACGAAAAUGAGCCUAGAGCUGCACUAUAAACAUGUCCCUUUGCAUCCAACCUACGAAGAACGGGCACCUAUUCCACGCAAGGAGAGCAAGAGACGGAAGCUGUUGGAAAUUUUCAAUCCUGAGCUUUUAUCUGUCAUGACCUCGAGGAAGCGUGGCAAGACCAAAGUGGACCCCAAGCCUAAGGAGCCCAAAGAGCCUAAAGAGAGGCCAAACAAGAAACGGCCAGCAACAGAGCCUGUGCCUGAAGUCAGCGCUGCUACGGUUCCAGAGCCAAAUGAUGGGAACGAUAGUCUGCAACCUCUCUUCGACUUCCUUGGCUCUGCAGGAAGAAUCGAGCUCCAAUCAUCAGAGAAUGCAGUGUCAGACCAAGUCGAUGCCCAGCCUGGCACACAGUCGACACCAGCACCAGAGAACGAUGCGGCGGCCAACGGAGAAGGUACAGCCGGGAAUGCGUCUAAGCAAGGAAAACCGAAAAGAACACCAUACCCGGGCAUGAUGGCUGGCUUCAUGAGCGGGGAGUCCAUCACAUGGGGUUCUGGGCAAAACGCACGAGUACCUCGACCGAGUAAACGCUCAAAGCGAAUGUCAGCUCCUGCCCAUUCAGCCGGACCCCCUCCUUCUAGCUCCACAACAGAGCAUACUGCUGCCAUAUCUCCACCCACGACUGUGCCAGCUUCAAAUCCUGAGCUCGAAGCGCUCAGAGCUCAACUACUUGCGGCCGAGCAAAAAAUCCGCGACCUCGAAGCCGAGAAGACGAGGUCAAACCCUCCCAUGGGCUGGAACCCACCCCCUCGACCCGAUUAUUCUCAACAGUACUAUCCACCUCCACAUGCACCGACACACAACUACCCCUAUCCUCCACCACAGUGGCAUUACCCGCCCCCACCAGGGCCCAUGCCUCCUGGAGGUCCCCCAGUUCACCAGCACUCAGGUUCCUCUAUCCCUGCCAAUCAGCCUGCUCCUACAUAUGGCUUCGUCGGUGGCAGGCCAACAGCUCCAAGUUCCCAACCUGCCAACAAUGCGAAGACAAAUCCGGUUUGGCCACUUUCAAAUCAGGUCACCACAGCAUCUGUUCCAGUUCCAAGACUUCUUGCUGGCGUUGAGGCGGCAUCCCAGGAAUCUGGUGCCUCAUCAUAA